GUCUCAAUGUGGAAUUUAAGAAGAUGUUACCCAAGAGCAGCCCACGCUUCGGUGCUUUGAGUCAUCACUCCUUUUUUUCCAGACACAACCCUCAUCCACACAGGGUGAGGCAUAUUCAAGGUCUCAACGGCAGGCCGGUAUGCUCGGUGAGAGAUGAUUGGUAUGUCACUUCAUCUUUAUUUCCUCAUCCGCUUCUGAAGAGCCACAUCCACAAGAGGGGAACCGAUCCAUCUUCGACGCUGCCGCUCGCUCAGAGUCUUUACGGCGCCACGGGUUACAAAAACAAAUCAGCGUUUUUUUCCGAGGCAUGGAGAGAUGAACUGAAAGAACUCGCUGCUAAGAUCAAUUUGGCUUCGCAAGCACAGAAGGACAAAAAAGAGAACCAACCGGACGAAGAGAUCAUCCGCUGUAAGACCCAGUAUUCAGCGCAAACUGGGAGAAUAAUCCCCCCAUCGUCCAAGUCUCACCAGCGCAGAUCCCAUUCCCAGCGCCUGGUCUACCCUCAACCCCUCCAUGACCAGGAACUGACGGUGUUGGAGGUGCUUUGUCAGAUCCUGCAGACAGACUCUCUGUCCACGGUCCAGCAGUGGCUUCUGCUCGCAGGUCAAAGAGAGAAGGACCUGGUGAUGGGGAUGAUCAAACAGGCUCUGGACGGUGUUGACGUCCACCAGCAGAACGUGUUCUCACCUCCAGUAUUGGAACAGUCAUGGAGGAAACCAUGGAGAACCAGAACGUGCCAGUCCUCAACCUCAACCUCCAGUGAAGACAAACCAGAGAGGAUCGGAGACGCAGAGGUUCUUCAAGUCUACGACGACGAUGAAGCUCAGCACACAGAGAACGUGCAGACGCCAUGAAUGUCAUAAAACGGAUAAACAACAUGGAAAUUAGUAGGAUUUAUAUAGAACUGUUGUGAGGAUUUGCUUCACAUAUACG